AUGGCUGAAAAGAGUAAUACGGAUUCAGAAUUUCUAGUACCAGCAGAGGAGAAGUGCAUUAUUGGAAGGAGCAUGUGGCAGAUAAUUUUAAAAAGCAAAGAAGAUUUGCAGGAGUGUAUAGAGAUUAAAGUUAGAAAAGUAAUUGGAAAUGGUUGGACUUUAUCUUUUAGCAGGGUUCUUAAUCCUACGGAGAGAAUUGAUUUGUUAGAACUAAAAGAUGAUUUAAAUUCAGUAUUUCGACAAGAAGGUGAAGAGGAUUUCUUGGAAGGGGAUUUUUCUUCAAAAAAGCUCUUUGAGCUGUUGAAUAGAGAAGAUGUUGAACGGGAAUUUACAGAAUUGUUGGAGAUUAAGCACAUUCCACCGAAGGUCUCGUUCUUGUUUUGGGCAGGUUUUGAUAAUUCCAUUCCUACAAGAGUAAUGCUAGAACAUAGGGGAGUACAUAUUGCCAGCAACAUGUGUUUGUUCUGUAACGGGGAGCCAGAAACUCAAAUCCACCUUUUUAUGCAUUGUCCAGGAAUCACAGACAUUUGGAAUUAUUUUAUUAAUUCGUGUAAGGUGACUUGGGUGAUGCCGCAAUCACUUACUUCUCUGCUGCAAAUCUGGAACACUUUCAGGUUUAAUGGAGUAAAGAAGGAUCUGCAGAAACUUAUUCCUUUUGCAGUUGUUUGGGUGAUUUGGCUAGAGAGAAACGAUGGAAUGCAUGGGAGAAGACAUAAGUCAGAUGAGGAGAUUAAGAUGAGUAUUAAGCAGACUCUGCAUUUGUGGACUGUUAAGCUAAGAUCUUUUGGUUCAUAUUAUGUGAAUCAAGUAUUAACUCAAUGGGAGACAGUUAUAUCGGUGUAG